AUGGAAGAAAAUAUAAAUGCUCUUAAUAAAAGAUGUCAGAGAAUUGAAGAGAAAAACUCUAAUUUACAACAAUCUGUACACAAAAUCCAAAGUGAAUCUUGUGCAGAAAAGUGCACAUGGGCCUCAAUGUCUCCACCACCACCCAACACCACAGAAGAAUAUAGUAUCCCAACAUCCAACACCUUUGAUCUUCUAACUGAUGAUGCAGCAAAUAAAGGUGAUAACACAAAUGAACAUGUAGAGUUGAAGUCCAAAGGAAACAAGGAAGAAAACGUAGAAGAUGGAGUCGAACAGAAUGACAAUAUUCAGCAAGACCCUCCCUCCCACUGUCCAACCAAACACAA